CUCACUUUUAAACCCACAGUUGAUUAGAAAGAGAAAGUAACUUUAACAAAAAAAAAUGGAGAAUAUGGGAAGUAGAGUGAUAGAGCCAUUGAUAGUGGGAAGAGUGGUAGGAGAGGUUCUUGAUUUUUUCACUCAAACAAUUGAAAUGAACGUGAGUUACAACAAGAAGCAAGUCUGCAAUGGCCAUGAGCUCUUCCCUUCCUCUGUCUCCUCAAAGCCUAGGGUUGAGAUCCAUGGCGGUGAUCUCAGAUCUUUCUUCACCUUGGUUAUGACAGACCCUGAUGUUCCAGGUCCUAGCGACCCCUUUUUAAAAGAACACCUGCAUUGGAUUGUGACAAACAUCCCCGGUACAACAAAUGCUACAUUUGGAAAAGAGGUGGUGAGCUAUGAGUUCCCAAGGCCAAAUAUAGGGAUACACAGGUUCGUGUUUGUUCUCUUCAAGCAGAAGCAAAGACAUGUUAUCGAUAUCUCCCCAAACAUUCCUUCGAGAGAUAAGUUCAAUACUCGCAAAUUUGCGAUCGACCAUGAUCUUGGUCUCCCUGUCGCGGCUGUCUUCUUCAACGCACAGAGAGAAACCGCAGCUCGCAGACGUUAA